AUGUCUAACAGAUUAGAGUAACGGAUUGGAGUAUUCAAACCCGGGAGAAGUGACUGUUUUCAACUUUUUACACAUAGUUAUUAUUUGUUCUUUGGGAGCUCACAAGACCACUACUUUGAUUUAUUAAAAAAAAAAAAUGCUAUAGACAAAUAUAUUAUAGGCUACAGAAGACAUUCUCAUGGUGCUCUCUUUAUUUGCUCCUACUGGAGUAAGGAAAAGGUGUUUGUAACAAGUGCUGAAUGUCACCUCCAGUUCCAAUGGAUUAUAACAAGACCAUGGCUCCUCCAGUGCCGCCUCACAAACACCAAACUACCCGGCCAGGCGAGGCUCAGGAGCGGGUGUUGAAGUGCGUACUACUCGGCGAUGGAGCGGUUGGGAAGACCAGCCUGGUUGUCAGCUACACAACAAAUGGCUAUCCAACGAAAUACGUCCCCACCGCGUUUGAUGACUUUUCAGCGGUGGUGCAGGUGGAUGGACACCCUGUGAGACUACAGCUCUGUGACACUGCUGGACAGGAUGAAUUCGAUAAGCUCCGUCACUUCUGCUACUCACGCACUGACGCCCUCCUCCUCUGCUUCAGCGUGGUCAGCCCUGCCUCCUUCCAGAACGUCUGGGAGAAGUGGGUCCCAGAGAUCCGCCGGCGCUGCCCGCUCGUGCCUAUGCUGCUGGUGGGAACCCAGUGUGACCUGCGCGAGGACGUCAAGGUGCUGAUCGAGCUGGCCCGCCGGCGGGAGAGGCCCGUGGCCGAGGUGGACGCCCGUACCCUGGCGGACAAAGUGGACGCCGUGGCGUACGUGGAGUGCUCGGCGCUCACCCAGAAGAACCUGAAGGAGGUGUUUGACGCGGCUAUCGCCGUGGGGAUGAAGCACGCCGAUAGGAGGGCGCGGCGGGAGAGGAAGGUGCGCAGCACGGCCGAUAAGAUGAAGACACUGUCCAAGUCGUGGUGGAAGAAGUACGUCUGUGUCCAGUAGAGAGAGGAGAGGAUAUUGACUAUGAAACUGGGACUGGAAACGUGUUCAGACAAGCCUAUGUUGUUCAUAUGGAUUGAAGGACUUCUGUCUUAGCUCCGCUCACAUGACCCCACUUCGGUCAAAAUUAGGGUUGCAAAAUACCAGGAACUUUCAAUAAAUUCCCUGGUUUUCCCGAAAUCCCAGUUGGAGGAUUCCCGAAAUCAGAAGGGAAUAAGCAGGAAAUCGGGAGUCUUCCAACUAGGAUUUCUAGAAAACCAGGGAAUUUAUUAAAAGUUCAGGGAAUUUUGCAACCCUAGUCAAAAGUAAUGACCAAGGACCCACAGCUUAGUAGAGUGAGGGGAUGGACUAGGGACUGGGGGUGAGAGACACUGAUUGAUGGAUUGUAAAGAGACUGACAGGACUGGGCUCCAACCACUCCCUUUCUGCUUGAGCUAGUCUGAACUCUAACGUCUGAGUAGAGUGCUAUCGGAGAAGAUCAAGGUGUAAACCCAUCAGCAUGAUUGUCAAUAUAUUGGAGCAAAGAGCGAGUUGAACUCUGAGCAAUAAUGACUUCUAUAUAAACUAAUGGCUGGGGAGGGGAAAAGACUGGGAUCUUCAUGUACUUUUAUACUCCCUCACAUGAAUUGGCCAAAUACAACAAAUAUAAAAAAUGUAAAUAAAAUACUAUAUCCUAAUGUGCGGCAUGCUGUAUGUAUUCAUCCUGUCCUUAUACCUUAUACAUGUUCAUUUCUUUUAUGUUAUCCACCACUCUGUAAUCAAACAGCCAGCAGAUCUCAUUGGCAGAGCUAGACUAAAAUAAACUGAGGGAUUAACAUGGAAUUAAACUCAAACCAAAUACCGCUACAAUACUAAUACAGCUACAAUACAUUCAUAUCUACAAUCAACUACAUUUUAUAGACUUUAGAGAUAUUGAUAAGAGACUUUUCCACAGAUUCCAUCUGGCCCUAAUCGUCACUGUCAGCAGCAUGACCUGGCCCCAUGGUCCUCUGGUGGUGGUCAUUAAGUCAGGUGGUGGAGGCUUACGCCUGGUGUGUGUGUGUGUGUGUGUGUGUGUGUUUAACCACAUGACCGACUGAGGUCCCUAGCCCAGGUUGUGCAUGUCGGCUUGUCUGCUUCAGUGCUACAUUUAAGUGUGUGUUGAUACAGCUGCUCUCCACUGUCAGCAGACCACACAGUGAGGGACUGGGCUCCCCCAGACAGAGUAGAGCGCAUCAUCAAUACAUGUUAAUGGUCAGACCUUUUGGAGAGCUUUCAACAACCAUCCCCCCCCUUCCCAUUGAUCUCCACUCAACCUACUUGAGCUGGAGAACUUUGAUCGUCAUGAGCUCGGCGAUUUCCAUCCAAUAGCCACUCAACUCAACUGAUGGGAGUCUAGGAGCUGCCGAGAGCGUUGUCUCACUCUGUCGGGUUGAGGAGAUUAGAUUGAGGAACACAUGGUCAUUGAGUGGUGCCCACUGUAAGUUACACUUAACCCAAAUACUUUGUUGGAGUCAUGCCAAUGAUGCCAUCCAAUGUCCUUUAGACUGUACAGGGUCUGAUGUCUCUCUUUGUCAUUUAAAACUGUAGAUAUUCACCCUUCCAUGAGAGUCGCAAGGUUUUCACCCCACGGUUGGUCACUAUAUUUUUGUAAUUACAGAACUGUAAGCUCAAAUAUUGAGUUCACCGGUACUCGUUCUCCUCUCCAGCAACCGUAUGAUGACAGGGUGAAUUGCCGAAGAUACCGAUUUGUAUUUGCUUCUUAUUUUUCAGAAGCCUCUCUGUAUGCUCUCUUUAUGUAUCCCUUUAUUUGGGGCAUCAGCCAUAAAAUGCACAGCCACUGAUCAACCCUACAAACAAAUGUAUGAGAAAUGGCAUGUAUAUUUUGUAUAACAAUGUUUUUAUAAUGUGAUAUCUAUCAGGGUAAUUUUGUGUACAUUUUGGUCUGUACCUGUCACAAGCUGUCCUGAAAACACCCUCAAUGGUACAGAAUGACAGAUGCGUGUCACUUGUCUGAUACUGUCCAGGACUGUUUAUAAAUCAACAGAUCUAAAUAAAUGUGAAAUCUUAACAAAAACA